AAUCAAAACACUAGACACAAUAAAUUCCAAAAUAAUGACAACUUCUAAAACCAUAACCUUCACUCUCUUCAUAGCAACACUACUCUCCUCCUGCAACGCAGCCCCAAACGCUACAGCGCAACCGCUAUUCCCAGCGAUUCUUAUCUUUGGCGACUCAACAGUCGACACAGGCAACAACAACUACCACUCACAAACAAUCUUCAAAGCUAAACAUCUUCCUUACGGAAUUGAUCUCCCAAACCACAAAGCUAGUGGAAGAUUCACAAAUGGGAAAAUCUUCUCCGACAUAAUCGCAACAAAACUCAACAUCAAACAGUUUGUUCCUCCCUUCUUACAACCAAAUCUCUCUGACCAAGAAAUUGUAACUGGAGUCUGUUUUGCAUCAGCUGGUGCGGGUUACGAUGACCGUACCAGUCUCUCCACUCAAGCGAUUGGUGUCUCUGACCAACCAAAGAUGUUCAAGAGUUAUAUUGCCCGUCUUAAAAGUAUCGUAGGAGACAAGAAAGCUAUGGAGAUCAUAAACAACGCUUUGGUGGUUAUAAGUGCAGGACCUAACGACUUCAUCUUGAAUUAUUAUGAUUUUCCUUCAAGGCGUCUUGAGUUUCCUCACAUAUCUGGUUACCAAGACUUUGUGCUUAAAAGGCUUGAAAAUUUCGUGCGGGAGCUUUACAGUUUAGGUUGCCGGAAAAUUAUGGUAGGAGGUUUACCGCCGAUGGGUUGUUUACCGAUUCAAAUGACUGCUAAAUUCCGCAACGCUCUAAGGUUCUGCUUGGAACAAGAGAACCGAGAUUCUGUAUUGUACAAUCAGAAACUUCAGAAGCUAUUACCUCAAAUCGAAGCAUCUCUUACAGGAAGCAAGAUCCUUUACUCCAAUGUCUAUGACCCGAUGAUGGACAUGAUGCAAAACCCUAGAAAAUACGGGUUUAAAGAGACGAAAAGAGGAUGUUGUGGAACAGGGCAUUUGGAGACGAGCUUCAUGUGUAAUGCUUUUUCUCCAACGUGUAGGAAUCACUCCGAGUUUUUGUUCUUUGAUUCGAUUCAUCCAUCGGAAGCUACCUAUAACUAUAUGGGCAAUUUUCUAGAGACUCAGAUCCAUAUGUGGCUUGAGGCCUAAGUUAUAUUAUAUUGGCAAUUUCUGGAUACUCAAGUACUACUAAAUCAGUUCACUUUCA